AUGGAGUCUAGCAUCAAAGAGACGGAUAGAAAGACAAAAGGGUCCGACAUGGAAAGUGAAUCUGAUAUCAAACACCUUAAAAAGGAAAAGAGAAACCAUGUGUUCAAAAAGUUCAAGGAUAGUGAAGGAAAUUUUGAGAAGGCAUUGACUACACAUGUACCAGCAAUGUUGAGUUUUUAUGAAGCUACACAUCUUCGAGUCCAUGGAGAGGAUAUUUUAGAGCAAGCCCUAGUCUUCACAUCAAGUCAUCUAAAAUCUAUGAUGCCUUCCUUGAGUGAUUUCUUUAGGGAACAAGUUAUGCUUGCCCUGAAUCAACCAAUAUGUAUGAGCUUACCAAGGGUAGAUGCAAGAAGAAUUAUAUCUAUAUACCAAAAGUAUGACACAAGGGAUAAAGUAGUACUUAAAUUUGCUAAAUUGGACUUCAACUUGUUGCAAAAGGAGUACUCGGGAAGUACUUUUGUUAAAGACUGGUUCAAAGAUUACGUUUCUGGAUUUAGGUGGUGGAGAGAUUUGGAAUUUUUAACCAAGUAUCCGUUUGCUAGAGAUCGAUUAGUUGAGUCCUACUUUUGGUCAUUGUCAGUGUAUUUCGAGCCAAAAUUUGCUAUGGCAAGAAGAAUGUUGGCUAAAAUAAUUGCCUUGGCUACCAUUAUCGAUGAAAUCUACGAUGUAUAUGGAUCUUAUGACGAACUUAGGUGUUUCACACAUGUAAUAGAGAGUUCGGACUCUGGACGUAGUGCCAUUGAUCAAUUGUCAUCAUACAUGAGACUGUGCUAUCUUGCCAUUCUUGACGUAUAUAGUGAAAUGGAGGAAGAAUUGGCCAAGAAAGGCAAAACCUAUCGCCUUUACUAUGCCAAAAAUGAGAUGAAAAAGUUGAUAAGGGCGUAUUUUGACGAGGCAAAGUGGUAUCAUUCAGACUAUUCUGUUCCAACUUUUGAGGAGUAUAUAAAGGUUUCACUUGUUUCUAGUGGUUACAUGAUGGUUGCAACAAUCUCUUUGGUUGGCAUAGAGGAUAAUUUGAUGAAUAAAUAUAUCAUGGAUUGGGUAACAAAGGAACCUUUGGUUGUUAAAGCAUCAACAGUAAUUGCCAGACUCAUGGAUGACAUUGCUGGACAUGAAUUUGAGCAAGAAAAAGGGCAUGAACCAUCAACAGUGGAGUGCUUAAUGACACAAAAUGGAACUUCAAAAGAAGAGGUGAUUUUGGAGCUUCAAAAAUUAGUAAACGAUGCAUGGGAAGAUGUAAACAAGCAAUGCUUGAGUCCAACUGAUGUACUAGUGCUUAUUCUCGUUCGAGUUCUCAAUCUUGUACGCGUGAUAGAUCUCCUUUACAAAGAUGGAGAUACUAAAGACCAAGUAUUAGGUGUCUCCAAGCAGUUUCAGACUUCAGUUGAAAGAGAAACUGGAAAGAAACUGAAAAGCAUUCGUACUAAUAAUAGUGGUGAAUAUUCUGGACCAUUUGAUAAAUACUGUAAGCAUCAAGCAAAAUUAUUGAACUCAUUUUGGGGUGAAGCUUUCUUGAUCGUUGCACAUGUUAUUAAUCUAUCUCUCAUUGUUUAUUUGCAAAGUGAUGUUCCAAAUAGAGUUUGGUAUGGAAAUGAUGUUUUCUAUGACCAUUUGAGAGUAUUUGGUUGCAAAGCUUUUGUACAUGUGUCAAAAGAUGAGAGGUCAAAGUUAGAUGCCAAGACAAGGCACUGCAUCUGCGUUAAAUAUGGCCUUGAUGAAUUUGGUUACAAGAUAUAUGAUCCAAUUGAGAAGAAACUUGCGAGAAGUUGUGAUAUUGUUUUAUGGAGAAUCAAACUAUUGAAAAUAUUGACAAAGCGAAGAAGCUAG